UGCCUUCGUUCAGCAGGCAGGAGCAACCUCCCACUUCCGGAGACCGUGUGUUUGUAUCGUAGCCAGUCUGAGAUUAUCAAGGUUUAACACCCGAAUCUUAAAUCCAGUAGUUUUAUUUGGUUUUAAUAGCACCAAGGAGCUUUCUACCGCCACUUUAUCUGCUCUUUAACCGGAGAUUUCAGCUAGUUAGCUCUAGCUACCUGUUAGCAUCAUGGUUCUCUUUCUCUGGAUAUUUGUUCUGUCUUUAACUGGAUUUGUGGCGAAAUCAAACGGGUCAGAGGUCAUCGGAGUAUCUGAAGGAAGUGACGUCAUCUUACCAUGUUCCAUCAAGGAGAGUGUUGUACAACAACUCUUUGACUGGAGGAAAGAUGGAGAGAAGAUGAAGGAGGUGUUCAUGUACAAUGCUGGUCUUCAUUAUAACAACGGUCUACGAGAUCAAGAUGAUCAGUUCAGAGGACGAGUCUCACAUUUUCCAGAUCAGAUGAAGUUUGGUAACGCCUCCAUCAGGAUUAAUAACACAAAGAUCACAGACUCUGGAGACUACACCUGUGACUUUCCACAUAUUAAUGGAGGAAUGACAUUCAAUAUCAGUCUGUUUGUUGAUCCUGUCUUUAAAGAUCGAUCAGGAGAAAUCUCUGGUUCAGUUCCCAAACCCAGCGUCACCAUAUUUGAUGUGACAGAUUCUGGGGUCCAGCUGAAGUGUGAGGUUCAAGGAGCUUUUCCAAAGCCAGAGCUACGGUGGAAGGACAGUGAUGGAAACAUCCUUGAUGCUGAGGAGGCUGAGAUCUCAGAGAGAGACGGCCGCUACCACAUCACCCUCCAAACUACUGUGACCUCCACCACAACCACCAGCUUCCAGUGUGUGGUCCAACAGAAGGACCUGAACCAUGAGACUGCUUCUACCAUCACUGUGUCUGAGAAACUGUUUGUGAGCUCAUGCAGUAAAGUGACCACUGAAGGAGUCCUGAUUGGAAUAGGGUUGGGAGUUUUACCGACUGCAUUCGCAGCUUUACUUCUGGCUUUUAAGUUCAUCAGGAUCAGUUGGAUCAGAGGAACUAAGAAGAACAAAGAAGAUGAACCUGAACCAAUGAAGUCACUCCGCUCUGAUAAUAGUAAUAUAUAACACAACUCAACAUUACAACCAUCACUUAUUACCUCAGUGUUUAAUGACUUGUGCUGAUUGUAAUGUCAGUAGUUGUAGUUGUGUUACUGAUCAUACAUAGUGUUACACUGAGGGAAUCUACCGUGUUCAGUUUAUUAGGUGUAAAUGAGCAGAAACAAGUGGAUUCCUUAAACCCACGAUGCCUCCCUCUGCAUCAGCUGCAUCUCAACAUGAAAUCACUAAUUAUCGGUUACCUUUUAUUACCAGAUACGUUUUUUCUCCCCUGGGAUUACAAUCCUCGGUUAUAACAGUGGUUAUAUCUCUGUGAAGGUUCUCAGUCAUCCAGGUCAUAAUAAUCCAAAAAAGUGUUGAAUAAGAUCAGCUGGACUUGUAGAAUUUCUUAAAGAUGUUUCAUCCGAGUAGCUUCUUCAGUUCUGAUAAACUA